AUGCAUGUAGUUUGUGGGGAGGCGGAUGUGAAGGGGAAGGAGGAGGAUGGGGAGGAGGAGAGGGAGGAGAACGAGAAGGAGGAGAACGAGGAGAAAGAGGAGAAGAAGGAGAAGAGGGAAAAGAGGGAAAGAGGGAAGAAUCGGGAGAACGAGAAGGGAGUCAAGAAGGCAUUGACAGAAAAUAGGAGUACAAAAUCAAUGCACCACAUACAGGCAAGUACUUGUGACUUGUUGUGA